CAUUUUGAAGUCCUUGAGAAUACGAGUCUAGGACACUGAAUCUUGUUGAGGUGGUACUUGCAAAAUCUUGUUACUGGGGCGCUUUUAAAUUCGAGGGAUUAGAACGUGCAGACAAAUAAUGGAAGCAUGAAUGCUAAAAGCUUGUGUUGUUUGCCACGUUCCUACUAAUAUAUGCUUUCCCUCAAAGCUGACCUGGUCAAGAGACGGUGAUGAUUUACCUCUCUAUAUAGAUCCCUCUUCUAUUUUCUCCUUCCAAUCCUAUUUUUAGAAUUCUGUGGGGAUUUGCCAAUUCCAUCCACCAAGAUUGACAUGUUUCUGCAAAACGGAAUCAAUCAAAAUAAUCUGUCAAAGCAACCACCCGGAGAAACUCCAUGACCUGGAGGAAGAAUUAUGAUUCCAAAUUUUCUUCAUUGUGAAAUGUUUAAUGUAAAAAUAGUUUAAUCCUGUAUAACGUGCAUUUUUGCGCGGCGGUGAUAAGGUUCAACCGGAAAUGGCUUUCGCUGCUGUUGGCUCCGUCCUCCUCUCCCUCCUUAUCAUCUCCUUCACAAAAUUGUCUUUGUCCGCACCUGAAGAUGCUCUUCUCCAAUUCAAGAGGUCUUUAGGGAACGCCGAUGCUUUGGAUUCCUGGGCUCCUGGAUCGCAUCCGUGCAAUGGUUGGAUCGGCAUCAUUUGCUUUGAUGGAAUCAUCACAGGGCUCCAUCUUUCUGACAUGGGCUUGUCCGGAAAGAUUGACAUCGAUGCACUGCAGAGCUUACGCGGCCUGAGGACUCUCAGCUUCGUGAACAAUGUCUUUGCAGGUCCAAUGCCAGAAUUCAAUCGACUGGGUGCGAUAAAGUCCCUGCUGUUAUCCAGGAACAAAUUCUCUGGGGAAAUCUCGAGCAACUUUUUUCAGCACAUGGCGUCUCUCAAGAAGAUCUGGCUCGCUGAUAACAACUUCUCAGGGAACAUACCAGAGUCCCUGAUGCAACUGCACCUUAUGGAGCUUCACCUUGAAGGGAACGAAUUCUCAGGGCGCAUUCCUGUGAUUAAGCACGAGAAGCUCACUUCCCUGGACCUGUCAGACAACAAGUUGGAGGGUGAAAUCCCGGAAAGUUUGUCUAAAUUCAAUUCCAAGUCUUUCGAAGGGAAUCCUGGACUUUGUGGGAAGCCACUCGAUAAAGUCUGCCCUGGCAAAGAAACGCCUUUGACAGACACGACAACCGUGAAACCGCCUCAGCCACCUCCACCGGUCAAUGAACAGAAGAGCAGUGAAAGGCUCAGCAUAAUUCUUUGGACAGUGGCGGGAUUGGUAGCUGCGGGGGUUCUUCUGACUGCGAUAGUUUCUUCCAGGCGGAGAAGGGAUGAUGAUUUCAGCAUUUUAGGGAGAGAUAAUGUCCGUGAGGCUGUCCAAGUCCCAAUUUCCGGGGUGAAGCCCGUGCGAACAGGGUCUAGCAGGAAAGGCAGUUCAAAAAGAAAGGCUCAGAGCAGCAAGCACGGUUUGGGCAAUCUCAUGAUGCUGAGCGACGAGAAGGGUGAAUUCGGAUUGGCUGAUCUAAUGAGGGCCUCUGCGGAGGUGCUCGGAAAUGGUGGGUUGGGUUGUGCAUACAAGGCUGUGAUGUCGAACGGCCAGUCCGUGGUGGUGAAGAGGAUGAGGGAAAUGAAUGCUUUAGAUAAAGAUGAGUUCGACGCUGAGAUUAGACGUUUUGCUGGACUACGGCACCCAAAUAUACUGACCCCACUGGCCUACCAUUAUAGGAGGGACGAGAAGCUCUUGGUUUCGGAAUACAUUCCUAUGGGGAGCUUGUUAUACAUAUUACAUGGUGAUCGUGGAAUUAGUCAUAGAGAGCUGAAUUGGCCAACCCGAUUGAAGAUCGUCAAGGGAGUCGCAAGUGGACUAGCUUUUCUCCAUUCAGAGCUUGCAUCCUAUGACCUGCCUCAUGGAAACCUCAAGUCGAGCAACAUUCUUCUGAGCUCAGAUUAUGAGCCAUUGCUCAACGACUACGGCUUCCAUCAUCUGAUCAACCCCUCUCAAGCUGCGCAAACCUUGUUUGCAUAUAAGGCGCCUGAGAUUUCACAGCAAGGGAGCAUCUCACCGAAGUGCGAUGUUUAUUGUCUCGGAUUAAUCAUCCUUGAAGUCCUCAUGGGGAAGCUCCCUUCUCAGUAUAUUAGCAGCGGGAAGAGCGGAACUGAUGUGGUGAUGUUGGUUCACUCAGCGAUCUCAGAGGAAAGAGAGGCCGAAGUCAUUGAUCCAGAGAUGGCGGGUUCAACAGAAUCAAAAAGCGAGAUGCUGCAACUCCUUCAUAUAGGAGCUGCCUGCACAGAGAAGAACCCUGAUCAUCGGCUUGACCUGAGAGAAGCAAUUAGAAAACUGGAAGAGUGA